AUGAGCUGGAAGUUCUUCUUGUCACUGGUCACCAUGUCCUUUCUCUGGGUCGGGUCGCAGAUCCCGCUGUACCUCUUUGGCAGCGUGAUACCGCUCAUCUACUCGGACAUUGGAGGCUACGAUCGCUAUAUCUGGCUGGUCAUAGGCUAUCUUAUCCCCAACGCCGCUCUCUGCCCCUUCGUUGGCGCAUUGUCGGACAUGUUCGGCCGGCGCUCUGUUGCCAUCUGUGGGCAGAUCCUGUUGAUACUCGGGCCUAUUGUCACAGCCACCGCGAAGGAGAUGAACAUUGCCAUCGCCGGCGAAGUGUUUUCCGGCCUCGGGGCUGGUUUAAACGAACUGAUUGCACUCGCGGGCACAGCAGAGAUGGUGCCAUACGAAAAGCGCGGGACUUAUAUCGGUGCCAUUGUCUUCACAAUCCUGCCCUUUUGCCCCUCUGUGCUUUGGGCGCAGAUGAUCGCGGAGGCCUCGCACUGGCGAUAUGUAGGUAUUGUCGUGGGCCUGUGGAAUUUCAUUGGACUCGUGCUUGUCAGCUUGUUCUAUAAGGGACCAGGACGGAGCUCGACUCGCAGCAAGAUGGAUAUCGUCAGGGAGAUUGACUACAUUGGAGGUUUUUUGAGCACUAUUGGAGUCUUAUGUUUCAUGAUGGGUAUGCAGUGGGGUGCCCAGCAGUACCCCUGGGACAGUGCGCAUGUCCUUGCGCCAUUCAUCCUUGGAAUCGUCGGCAUCAUCGCCUUUUUCGUCUGGGAGGUGAAAUUCGCCCCGUAUCCCAUGGUCCCCGCGAAGCUUUUCUCCAAGGACAAGCGGACAAUGACAGCCAUCCUGCUUGUUACCUUCUGGAGUGGCGGCAACUACUUUGUGCUUCUACUCCUCUGGCCAACGCAGUGUUAUAACGUCUACGGCGGCGACCCGAUCGGCAUUGGCAUUCGAGCUUUGCCCAUUGGCUUUGGUAUCAUUUUUGGAGCUGCCAUAGCCCUAAUACUCAUCCCAGUCGUAAAGGGCCGCACCACACCAUUGAUGAUAUUCUCCUGUGCCCUAAUGACAGCAGGAACCGGCUCCAUCGCAGUUGGCACACCGCAUAACCUUUCCACCCUAUGGGGUCUAACAACCAUCGCGUCAAUUGGAGUCGGCUGCGUUAUCAUCCCCUGCUCCAUAAUAGCGCAGCUGGUAUGCCCCGUUGAUCUCAUCGGCACCAUCACAGCAAUCACCCUGAGCAUUCGGUUUAUAGGCGGGGCCGUUGCAUUCACGGCCUACGACAACGUGCUAUAUCGGAAGUUGAACGGCUAUAUUCUCACCAUUGUUGCGCCCGCUAUCGUCAAGAACGGUAUCGUGGCUGCAAGUAGGGAGGACGUUAUUAGUGCCCUUGCAGGGCUAGCUGCUCAAGCCAAGUUUCCGGAACUGAAAGAGGUUAUUGCUGCUAAUCCUGCGGUGCAGCGUAAAGAGGUUGCGUAUGAGGUUGUAAUUGGAGCUAUGCAGGAGGCUUAUGCGCUGGCGUUCAGGUAUCCAUACUGGAUCAGUAUUGCAUUUGGAGUGAUCUCUUUGGUGUCUUCUUUCUUUUUGAAAGACGUGAGGACGGUUAUCCGGGGCGAGAACUGA